AUGUGUAGCCUUAUUGUGGCAAUUGUUAUUUGUGCUCUGUUUUUAUUUGUCAUGGCUACUGCUGAAGUUGCUUUGUUACCUCGUAGUUCUAGUUCAUCAGUUACAUCAGUUGGAAUUAUUAAUAAUGAACCAUCAAGUUCUUCUGUUGGUACUCCUACAGUGUUUACUUCAUUGAGCCCUGGUGGUACUAGGGAAUGGAUUCCUUCUUGUUCCGAGGAGUUAAACACUAUUGUCGGAAUGAACUUUAAAGAUCAUGAGGAAGGUUUAUCAUUUUAUAAAGCUUAUGCUACUGCUUCAGCUGUUGAAGAAAAAUCAGACAAGGCUCGGUCUACACGAAGGCGAAUGCUUACUCGUGUUGGUUGUGGUGCUGAAAUGUGUAUGAAAAACAUUAAUGGGUCAUAUGUUGUGACAUAUUUCAAAGAAGAACAUAAUCAUCCUCUAUACACUCCUGGUUGUGCUAAAUUUCAUAAACAUGGGAGGAAAAUGAGUCUUUUGCAUAAGAAGAUUAUUAUUGAUAAUUCAAAGGUUAACAUUGGUCCAGUGAAGGCCUUUAGAAUAACUAAGGAGUUAAUUGGAUCAUAUGACAAUGUUGGUGCAUCAAAGCAAGAUUUCAAAAAAUUUCAGAGAGAUUUGAAGGCAUUAAUUGAAGGAUUCGAUACACAAAUGUUUAUCAACAAUUUUCAGAAUAAAAAGUUAUUAUGGAGUGCGUUCUUUUUUUAUUAUGAGUUAGAUGCAGAAGGUCAUCUCUAUAGAGCAUUUUGGGCAGAUCCUAUUUGUAGAAAGAAGUAUGCUCUUUUUGGAGAUAUGGUUUCAUUUGAUACCACAAUUAAAACAAAUAUGUACAAUAUGAUAUUUGGGCCAUUUACUGGAGUUGAUAACCAUAAAAAGUGUAUUACUUUUGCUGUUGCCUUUAUAUUUAAUGAGGAUAUAGUGUCUUUCGAGUGGGUUUUUAGAAUAUUUGUGAAGGCAAUGGGUGGUAAUGAGCCUCUUUGUUUGAUUACUGAUGAUGAUCCUGCAAUGAAAGUUGAUUUUCCUAAAGUAUUUCAGUCUACAGAGCAUCGGUUUUGCAUGUGGCAUAUUAUGAAAAAGAUGUCUGAGAAAGUGUGCCGUGAUCUUCCACCAGAUUCUGACUUUCUACAAAAGAUUUGCAAAGCUGUUUGGAGUCUAGAGAUUGAACCGGCUGAGUUUGAAGAGAGGUGGGCUAAGGUUAUUAGUGAAUUUAAGUUGGAAAACCAUGACUGGUUGUUGCAGAUUUAUGAUAAGCGUGAAAUGUGGAUUCCGGCUUAUUUUAGGGAUUUAUUCUUGUGUGGUAUUAUGAGAACCACAUCUAGGUCAGAGAGUGAGAAUAACUUUUAUACAAAGUUCACUAAUGCACAUCUUACCCUUGUUGAGUUUUAUAUGAGAUUUGAAAGUGCAUUAGAUGCUCAACGCCAUACUCAAGUUGAAAAUGAUAAUUCUUCUAAACAUAAACAUCCUGAGUGCAAGACACGUUCUGCCAUUGAGAAAUUUGCCUCUGAAGUUUACACGACAACUGUUUUGUAUGAGUUUCAAGAUGAGGUGGAAUCAACUCUUUUCUCUUGUGGUCUUGAUGGUUUUAAGAAAGAAUUUGGAUUGGAAGUUUAUACUAUUGGAGAAGGUUGUCGUGUCCGCAAGUUUGAUGUUCUUUUUAAUGUUGAAACAUUGGAUACUAGUUGUUUAUGCAAGUCAUUUGAAAGGCAAGGGAUUCCUUGUAGGCAUAUGGUUUGGGUUUGGAAGGCAAAACAUAUUCACAAAAUUCCUGAGGCUUAUGUGCUUAAUCGAUGGAGUAUAAUGGCAUGUAAGAAGCCGAUUUUUGAUUUAGAAGGGAAUGUGUUGGAGCAAUGUGUUCAAGUUGUAGAUAGGAAGAGAUUGUUGAAUGAUUUGUUUUGUGAAAUUCACUCUUGUGUGAGUUUGGCCCAAGGGAAUGAAUUGACACUUAGUGCUCUUGUGGACAAUCUUCGAUCAUUGAGGUUAGAUUUGGAAUCCUAA